AUGAGCGAGCCAAAUGAAAGCAAGAACUGCACCUUGCAUGAUGUGGAUGAGCUGAUGAAAACCGUGCAGCUGGUGGUGCACAUCCCCACUUUCCUCCUGGGUCUGCUUCUCAACGUGUUGGCCAUCCGGCGCUUCCGCAACUUCUUGAGGAAGAGGUGGCCGGAGUUCGCUGCCACCUCCAUCUACAUGAUCAACUUGGCGGUCUUUGAUCUCCUGCUGGUGCUCUCGCUCCCAUUCAAGGUCGCCCUGGGCCACUGGAAGGAUCCCUUACCAUCUCUCUGUACCUUUGUGGAGUGCCUCUACUUUAUCAGCAUGUAUGGCAGUGUCUUCACAAUCUGCUUCAUCAGCCUGGACAGAUUCUUGGCCAUCCGGUACCCAAUCCUGGUCAGCCACUGCCGGUCCCCUAGGAAGAUUUUUGGGAUCUGCUUCACCAUCUGGGUCCUGGUGUGGGUUGGGAGUAUCCCCAUCUACAACUUCCAUGGGGAAGUGGGAAAAGGGUACACAUGCUUCCACAAUAUGUCCGAUGACACCUGGAGUGCCAAGGUUUUCUUCCCUCUCGAGGUGUUUGGCUUCCUUCUUCCUAUGGGCAUCAUGGGUUUCUGCUCCUUCAGGAGCAUUCACAUUCUGGUUGGCCAUCUGGACCACAGCCAAGACAGGGGCCAGCAGAGGGCCUGCAUCUGGACUAUUGCCUCCAGUCUGGCUGUCUUUGUGGUCUCCUUUCUUCCGAUCCACCUCGCUUUCUUCUUGCAGUUCCUGGUGAGGAACAACUUAAUUGUGGAGUGCAGAGCUAAGUGGAACAUCAGCUUAUUCUUGCAGUUGUCCAUGUGUCUCUCCAACAUCAACUGCUGCCUGGAUGUUUUCUGCUACUACUUUGUCAUCAAAGAAUUCCGCACGGGCAUCAUGGCUCGCCAGCGUUCUGGUGGCCAGGUGGAUAUCAAGACCACCAGAGGUUAA